UCUGUUUCCUGACUCAUAGUCUCAGAGUCUCUCACACAUAAAACGAAGUGUAAUUUUUAUUUGUUUUAAUCACCACGCUCUGUCUCUGUUAAUUUAUUAUUUCACUCAUUUCUUCACGCUACCCAAUCAGUCUUCUGGUAUAAAAACCCCAACACAAAACUCUUCACUUUCCAAACACAAAGCUCCAAUCUUUAGCCCUCUGUUUCUCUCUGUAACAAUGGAGACUCUGUACUUUCUGAAGUUCUGGAAACCCAACCCUUCUCCCAUUGCAAUCCCCAGUCCUUUGGUGGAAACUGACAAUGAGUUUGAGGUGGAAGAGGAGGAAGAAGAAGACUCCUUCUUUGAUUUGGAGAUUAGUAUAGAAUCAAACACCAGAACCCAUCAGGAAAGUUCCAAGCUUUACUCAAAAGAAGCCAAAACAGAACCAACCCUUUAUGUUUCUUCUCCUACUGAUCCAAUUUCCAAAAGGAAAGUUCUCCCCAUUGAACCCAUUCCCAUUGCUCUACUCAAAUCAGGUCCAAAGUUUGGGGUUUCCAUCUUCAAAAAACCCAAAUCAGCUACAGCCAAAAAGGCAGAGAAAACAGGGGAAACAGAGUCCUGCAUUUUGAAGGAGACCCAGAAGCAGAAGAGGCCAGAAGUGAAAGGAAAUGGAAUUUCGAGCCCUGCUAAGCUGACCAGAGAAAACAGUUCGAGGGAAACUAGAAGCAAAUUGCAGAAUGAGCGCUCUGAUGAUUCGAAAACAGAGCGGUUUUCCAAGGAUGUGAUAAAGAAGUACCUGAAGCUAAUCAAGCCUCUGUACCUGAAAGUUUCCAAGAGGUACGGUGACAAAGUGAAGGUUACCGGCGACUUGCCGAUGGCAUCGCCGACUUCAUCACCGGCGGUGUCUAUGUACUCGCCGAGGAAGGAGAAGCAGGGGAACAUUCCGGCCGGAAUUCGAGUUGUUUGUAAGCAUCUUGGGAAGAGCAAGUCGGCCACGGCAGCUAUGGCGGUGGCUCCGCCAGUUAACCGGAGAGAUGACUCGCUGUUGCUUCAAGCAGAUGGGAUUCAGAGCGCCAUUCUACAUUGCAAGAGAUCAUUCAAUUCUAUAGAUUCCUCUUGCCUAUCAAGAUCAACAAGUUGGACUAGUUCGUCCAUGAACUCAUAUUCUAGUGAAUCGUCUAUGUUAUCCCGAUUUGCUGUCGAAUCCCAUGAGAGGUCUGCGAGAAGCUCCAUAGGGGAAGAGCUAGCAUGCUUUUGAUAUUUGAUCAAGCUUUGUUUAUUUGUAUUCAACGCGGGUAGAAACAGAGCUAGGGUACUCUGUUUCUUUCGUACUAUGAUGUAAAAGCAAAGGAACAUUAAAGUAAUUUUGGGGUUUUAGGAUUGAAGCAUAGGGGUCUGCCGUUUGCGAUUUUAGGGUUUUGGCUAAUUGAUGACCGGUGAAUACCAUUAGGGUUCUUCACUAGUUGUUGUCUGAAAAGUGACGGGUCAUUAUGAAAUCUUGAACAUACUCUGAUUUCUAGUUUGUGUAUCAAUCAGAUUGUGUUGCUUUUAUGUUGCUUUUGAAUGAAUGAAU